GUGGAAAUAUAGUGAUACAACAUCGAAGUGAUGAAGGAAAUAAUGGUGGUAUCAAUUUUUGUCGUUUUAUUGGUGACAGCUUCACGUGAUGAAGAAAACGGCAGUACAAGAGGUUUCAAGAUUCGAUCAAGAAGUAAAAGAUCUGCUGAUUCUAAAUAUCAAACUAUACCUCCAACAAUCAGACCAUCCACUGGCUCCCCUACUGCUCCAAGGGGUUUGAAGUUAUGAUAAAACAGGAUGUUAACACUGUAAGCAGACCAUGGCACUA